CGCAGAGAGGGGAGAGAGCAGCUGGUGAAGAUGUCGUGGCUGAACAACAGCCUCACCUCAUUGAAGGGCCAGCUGACUAAUUUGGCCCAGGAGGUGCUGGCCGAAACGGCAGGACCCGGCGACCCCGAUUUCCAGGGAGGCCAGGACCAGGCCAAAACCGCCCUCGACCUUCUCGCCGAGACGCAGCAGCAAAAGGAACAGCUGGACAUUCGCUGCGAGCAAAAGGAUCGCGAGAUUGCAGCACUUCGCAGGGAGGUUGCCAAGCUAAAGUCGCAGAACGAAGGAGCCGUCAAGUCGUCGCCCAGCAACACAUCCUCCAAAGAAGCACAACCCCAAAAUGAGGACCAGAAUGUGGAGGACAGCUGGUGCUGGGAACCGGUGGCCAGUGAAGGCGGCAAGCCCUCGCCAGUCACCGGUGGAGCCGCCGGAUCCGGUGACUCCGGCCUGGUGGACAUAGCCCUGGGCACCCAGGAUGUGACCAGAUUGAACAGCCGCAUCUCGGAGCUAGAGGAGCUGAAUCAGCAGCUGAAUGCCUCGCUGGAGGAGCUGGACUCCCAGCACGAACUGGCCAUGCAGGACGUCCUCAAGCACAAGACCGAGCUGACCAGCCAGGUGGCCCAGCUGAAGCAGAUCCAGGCCGACCGGCUGGUGGAGCACGAACUGGCCCAGGCCAGGCAGCAGAAGCAGCUGGAGGAGCUGCGGCAGGUGGCGGCCACCGCCAAGAGUCUGCAGGAGGAGCUCCAGCAGAGAGUCAGCCAGCAGGAGGAGGAACUGAAGCGAAGCAUCACCGAACUGGCCGAAAUGCAAGUCCUGGUGGAGAAACGGGGCCAGGAUAAUGCAGAGCUGAUUGAAAGGAUUCGCCAGGCGGACGCCGAAAAAGAGAAACUGAUCAAGGAGGUGGAGGAACUGCGUCUCACCAAGGAGAAGAAGACCUCGGAGUCGUCCUCCCAGAGCUCGUCGACGGGCAAGCACAGCGAGGACGAGUUCAUAGUGGUUCGUCAAACGGAUGCCGGCUCCGAGCCCGAUCCGGAGGUCACUCCUCCCCCCUCCAAGGAGAAGCUGCGCGAUCGUCUCGUCUCCCUGGAGGCCCAAAUCUCCGAGCUGGCCCUGACCAAUAGCCAGCUCCAGGACGGCCAACUGGAGAAGCAGUUGAGCAUCAAUCUGCUGGGCGAGCAGCUGGUGGAGCUGGAGAAGCGCCUCCACCUGAGCGAGGCGGAGAAGGAGCAGCUCCAGCUGGAUCUCCAGCUGAGACUGCAGCAGCUCACCGUUCAGAACCAGGAGCUCAAGCUGCACGCCGAGGCGGAGCAGGAGGGGCAUGCCCAGGAUCUGGAGGAGCAGCUGGGCACUCUGCGGGAGGAGAACAGUCGCCUCCGGCAGGAAAUUGAUGCCAGCAUAGCGCAGGCCAAGUUCCGGCAGGCCAUUGCCGAGGAGAAGCAGGAGAUCACCGAUCUGGACGAGGCCGAGUCCGAGGAUAGUGCCUUUGACCUGGAGAAGCUGCGCUCCCUGCUCCAGGCCGAGCUGGAGGAUCGCCUGGAGAGCUCCCAGCCCCAGCAGGUCCUCGAACGAGCCUGGAGCUCGCUGCGAUCGCGCUGGCACCGGCUCGAUGUGGUGGAGCAGCGCCUGGCGGAGCUCCAGGAUCAGCAGCUGGUGACGGAGCACGAGAAGAAGACCCUCGAGGCGGACAUCUCGCAGUACAUCCUCCAGUGCGACGAGCUGAUGAAGAACAACGAGCUCCUCCUCAACGAGCUGGACAAGUUCAAGCGAAACAAGCUGGAGACCAUCGAGGAGCACCACGAGGAGACGAUUGUCCAGCUGGAGGGCCAGCUGGAGGAUGCCCGGCUGCGUCUGGAGGUGGCCCUUCAAGCGCAGCGUGAGCUGCAGGAGGAGCUGUCGCGCGAGUCCUCCGAGCCGGACAGUUCCGAGCUCAAGGAACUUCUCGCGGCCACAAAAGCCAAGCUGGAGAAGGCCGAGGCCAAGCUGGCAGAGAACCUGAACCUGGAGGAGAUCCUCACCAACACAAAACUGGAACUAGAUAGGCAGAGCAAUCUCCGCGAGAAGGCAGAGCAGGAGCUGGAGGAGCUGCCGUCACUUCGCCAAGAACUGGAGGCCAAGGUCAGCCAACAAAAGUCCCUGGUGGAGCAGCACAAGAAUCAUCUCGCCAAGUUGCAGGAGAAGAUCCAGGAGGAUCAGGAAAAGAUCCGGGAACUCCUCCUCCAGCAGGACAAGCUGGACCAGCAAAAGGAGCUCAUGGAAGUGGAGCAGAACCAGCAACUGUCCACCAUGAAGAAGGAACUCCUCUCCACGGCCAGUCAACUGCAGGACUGCCAGGAGAAGCUGAACCAGCGGGAAGUCCAGCUCUCGGAGUUGCAGGAACAACUGAAAGACAUCACCGAGGAGAAGGCCAAGCUGGAGGAGUUGCUCCAAAACAGUGGCGGAGACAGCCCACAGGUGCAGGAGCUCCAGAAGCAGCUGGAGGAGAUUCAACAGAAGGAGCAACAGUGGCUGAAGGACUCCCAGACGCAGCAGCAGGUCCAGCAAUCGGUGGAGGCUCUCGGCCAGGAGAAGCAGGAGCUGAUCAAGGCCCUCCAGCAGAAGCAUCUGGAGAAUACCCAGUACUACGCCGAGAUCCAGAGACUCCAGCCCGUGGAGCUGCAACUGAAGGAGCUCACCAAGGAGCGUGAGAAGCUGCAGGAUCAGAUUGCCUUCUUGAAGGAGAAGUCCGACAUCCUGACCACCAAUCUCCUGACCGAACAGACCAAUCAACGCCUCCUCCAGCAACAGCAGCAGGAGGCCCAGGAGCAGCAGGCCACGGUGAUGCGGGAUCUGGAACGUCUGCGGGCGCAUCUGCUCGAGGUGGAGGAUCUGCACACCCAGGAAACCGUGGAACUCCAAUAUGAACUGGAGCAGUGCCGUUCCCGGCAAGCGGUUCUCGAACAGGAGGCCUCCAAGUCCAGCACGGCCUACACUUCAGCCAGCAUUCGCGCCAACCAGCAGGCGGAGACACUUCAGGCCCAGCACGUCCUCCUCCAGCAGCAGCGGGACGAGCUGCUGACCAAGCUGGGCCAGCUGGAGGAUCGGGAACUGAAGCAGCAGGCGGCUCUCACCAAUCUCCAGUGUGCGCUGGAACAGUUCCAGAAUGACAAAGAACAUGAUAUAGAGAUGGCCACCCAGAGGAUAAGGCGGGAGAUGCAGAGCCAGCUGGACCGCCAGGAUGUACUCCAGGCGGAGAUCGUGGCUCUGAAGCAGCAGCUGGCGGACGCCAACCAGGGCUUGAGGGCGGCAGCUCGUCUCUCCGACCAACUGGAGGCAGGACAACAGACCAUUGCUGUCCUCAGAGACGAAGUGGAGAGCCUGAAGGACACCAACGGACAACUGGAGACCAGACUGAACAGCAGCGAGAGCAGCCAGACGGACAAGAUCGACAAGAGCCUGAUCAAGAGCCUCCUCAUUGGAUAUGUCGUCAGCGGUCAUGCCGGCGACAAGCAACAGGUCCUGCGGAUGAUAUCCUCGGUGCUGGACUUUUCAGCCCAGGAAUCCGACAAGGUGGGCCUGAACAAGCAGCAGAGCAGCUGGCUGGGCAGUAUCCUGGGAGGUGGUAGUUCUUCAACAGCCGGAUCAGGAUCUGGCAAUGACAACCUGGUGCAGGCUUUCGUACAAUUCCUGGAGCAAGAAUCCCAGCCACAAGCCAAUCUUCAGUCCCGACCCACUUUGCUGAGCAUGUCCGGUCAGGUGGAAGCCGCCGCAUCAACGCCACCAGCCGCUCUGCCUCUCCCAGCUCCGGCUAGCUCCGGCCCGGAGAGAUCGGAUGAAGCCACAACCACGUUAGCUGUGGGAUCUAGCGAAUUUGCACCGUCACGGAACUCCAGUUCGAUAUUAAAGGACAUUCUCAGCGAUUCCUGAUGGUUCUAGUUGAGGAACAAAGCUAUCCAACCAGCCACAAUAAUUUUAAAAUCCGUUCUUUUUUUUUCGAUGUCUCGUCCUUUUUAAACAUAAAUUGUAAACGUGCAAUCGACGACGCCAUUAACCUCCCACUCCUCCUCCCACAAAUAUCUCUCGCCCUAUAUAUAUAUGGAUAUAUAUAUAUAUAUAUAUUAAUGUAUACAUGUGCUAACCUGUGUAUAGUGUCCGUGUGUAUAUGUUGUGCGACAAGCUAGCAAUUUGUAAAUAUGUAAUAUUCAAUUUUGAAAUAUGAUAAAGUCACCGCAGUGGCAGGACCCACUCAUCCUUGUGGUCGGUCUCCUGCCUGUGGCGCGCCUUCACAUCAGCGGCCUUGCUAUUAAUUAAUAGCCGCUAAUAAAUAAUAAACAAUUAUUACAAAAAAAUAAA